CCAUAUCUCCAUUCCCGGCGUCUCUUUAACCGCCCGAAAAUACGCGCCCGUAUGUUUCCCUUUUUUUCCUAAAAAAAAACACCGCGGCCCUAAAAUCAAGUCCCUAGCCCCAGUCCAAUUUCCCGCAGCUCCAUACACGCCACCCGGGCCCAUCGCGCACUGCUAAUUUCUCACGCGGGCGUGCGCCAACCGCGCCAGCACAGGCGCCACAUCGCAGCUCGAAAUGUUUCUGCCUCUUUUCUUCCCUUUUUCUCCUGAACAAAAAAACCACCACCACCAGAAAAAUAUGUCUGACUCCGGAUCCCCUCCCCCUUCCGACGUGCCACAGUCGCCUGCGCAAAACGCCGACCAAAUUCCGCUUGAGCAGGCUGCGCCAGCCCAGGCUCCAGCCCAAAGCAAGCUUUUUGUGAGACCCAUUGGAUUUGACACCACCCGCGAGGCUGUCGAGGACCACUUUGCCAGCGCCGGUACCGUGGUGGACGUGCACAUGAUGCGUGGCUUUGCCUUUGUGUCGUUCUCCUCCAGCGAGGAGGCGGCCCGCGCCCAGGAGACCUUGAGCAACACGGAUCUCGACGGCAACUCGUUGCAGAUUGAGUUUGCCAAGGAGAGACGCGAGGACACGCGCGGCCAGUUCCGCGUCAAGGUCACCAACUUGCCCGAGGGCACCGCGUGGCAAGACUUCAAGGACUUUGUGCGCGAGAAAACCGAGUGCUCGCCCACGUUCGCCAAGGUUUUCCGUGACUACGAGUCUGGCGAGACCAUCGGCAACUUGGAGUUCUCGUCCUCGGACGAGCUCGACAAGGCCAUUUCCGUGUUGAACCAGGCCGACUACCAGGAUGCCGUGAUCUCUGCCGAGCAGGACACCUCGCCAUUCGUCCCCCCAGCUAGAAGGGGUGGCUUCAGAGGUGGCCGUGGUGGCCGCGGUGACUAUGGUGGCCGCGGCGGCAGAGGCGACUUCCGCGGCGGCCGUGGCGGUUACGACCGUGAUGACAACCGCAGUUACGAGAGAGACUCGUACACGCGUGACAGAUCCCCCACCCGCUACUAGGGAGCCGGUCAACCCUAUUUUCACUUCGAGAUGACUUGCUUUUUACGAACCACCACUUUGAAUGGGAACGGAAGAAAUUGGAAAGAAAACGUGCUCACAUGGGAAGAAGAAGAGUCUGUUCCGAGAAACAACACGAUGUAUAACUUUGAAUUAGAUUAAGAAAACACUAGCUGACACCCACAGAUUUCAGACUUCACAAACAGCACACGACGAUAUACUUUGUUCUGCACUUAACCUUCUUGUUUCACGGGAUUUCUUUGACAUGUGCACCAGCACUUUUAUGUGAUCAGCAAUGGCUUCUUUUUUGAGCCCUGCGCCGCGAUUACAUUCGAUGACCUUGAUUUAUACUGGGGAACCAGGCGUA